CAUCGUGUGGCACAACCCUGGCUCAUUCAUCUUAUUGAAUCGAGUGGCUCAGACCUUGAUCUGCUUCCGAUUCACUGCCUCUGCGAAUACCUCUUCCAUGAUGUGCUCACGCAGCUGCAAGAGGCUGAUGAUUUCUCGCCUGCCGUUCCGAUAAUAAGUGGGCCGAUAAGGAUAUUGCCAGGGCAGACGCAGGCUCAGAAGCAUGUUAAAAGCCGCCAGCGCUUGACGAAUGGUCCCUUACUUACCAUUAGCUCUGAAGGAGGUGAAAGUGAGGUUAGUGAGCCGGCAUUUGCUUCUGUGGAGUCAAACCAGGAUGUAUGCUCAUUCGUAGUUGGUGAUCAUAAGACUAAGGGAGUUUAUUCCGCAAGCGAAGAAAUUUCCCUGUCUGACAGAAUUCAGGAGGAAAAUAUGACGAAUAUUGAUGUCCCAGUACCAUUGAUUGGUGAGCUACACAUACCUGGAGUAAUUUAA